AUGAAUUCGCGCUGUCAAGUAAACUUAAUUGACAUGCAAAGUGAACUAGACCAAGAUUUUCGUUUCAUUCUCAAUUAUCAGGAUCAUUUAAUAAAAUUCACCGUGCUAAGAGCACUAAAAACAAAGACAGCUGAAGAAGUGGCCUAUCAUUUAUUAGAUAUUUUCUGUUUCUUCGGCGCCCCUAUGAUUUUACAAAGCGACAAUGGCAGAGAAUUUGCAAACCGCAUCGUAGAAAAUCUUGCUGAAAUGUGGCCCGGAUUGAAGUUGGUCCAUGGAAAACCUCGUCAUUCGCAGAGCCAAGGGUCCGUAGAGAGAUCGAAUCAAGAUGUAAGGGACAUGUUGGUUACAUGGUUGGCUGACCAAAACACAACGAAAUGGUCUGAAGGACUGCGGUUUGUGCAAAGCAAUAAAAAUCGUUCUCUGCAUACAGGAAUAACUAAAAGUCCUUAUGAAGCUAUGUUCGGCACGCCUCAAAAGAUCGGUCUUAAAGAUUCGUCACUUCCUAAGGAACUGCUAUCGAACAUUAAAACAGAAGAGGAACUACAAAAGUUGUGCAAUCAAGAAAAUUCAGACGAACGAGAAGAUGGACAUUUGCGUCUAGUUGACGACGAUAAUUCGAUAAACAGAAGGAAUACUGAAGAUAAACAACAACAACAACAACAACAAGAGAAAAAUGUCUGUACAAUAUGCGAAAAAGAAAUGUCAGAUUCCCUUAGAUGUUCAGUUUGUUGCUUAUCUAUUCAUAUCAUCUGCGGAAAAGCCAAAGAAGGAAAUGGAGGGGGUGAACAAAGCAUUAUAUGUAAUCGAUGUUUACGAAAUGAAAAUAUUAGUAAUGUACGGGUCGAGGCUAAAGGUGGACUGGAAAAGCAGGCCGAGAAAAUGAUUGCUCUCUCGAAUUCAAAGUUACCACCUAUUGAUGUAGGAAAAACCGUUAUUAUACGAGUACCUGAUGUGGACAGAGGUAGACUUGCCCCGAGAAACGUGUUAGCUAUUGUACUCAGUAUAAAUGACUCUGGACUUUAUCAGCUUGGUAGGUAA